GGCGGCGGCGGGCGGGGCGCUUCGCUUCGCCCUCCGCCGGCGGCGGGAUGGCCUCGGCCGUGUUCGAGGGCACUUCGCUGGUGAACAUGUACGUGCGGGGCUGCUGGGUGAACGGCAUCCGGCGGCUCAUCAUCAGCCGGCGGGGCGACGAGGAGGAGUUCUACGAGAUCCGCACCGAGUGGUCGGACCGCAACAUCCUCUACCUGCACCGCAGCUACUCCGACCUGGGCCGCCUCUUCAAGCGCCUCCUCGACUCCUUCCCCGAGGAUCGGCCCGAGCUCUCCCGCUCCCCUUUGCUCCAAGGGCUCAUCACAAUAAAAGAAGCCCAUGAUAUAGAAGCCAGACUUAAUGAAGUGGAAAAGCUUCUGAAGACUAUAAUAAACAUGCCAUGGAAGUAUUCAAGAUCUGAAGUAGUCCUCACAUUCUUUGAGAGAUCUCCUUUGGACCAAGUUCUAAAGAAUGACAAUGUCCAUAAAAUUCAGCCAAGCUUUCAAAGUCCCGUUAAAAUAUCAGAAAUCAUGCGAUCAAAUGGAUUUUGUUUAGCAAACACUGAAACAAUAGUCAUCGACCACAGUAUACCCAAUGGAAAAGAGAAGCACCUGGAUGUGGAUUCAGCAGAACACUUGUUUGAAAGUGUGAGUGACUUUACCUCAGAGCUAGAAGACAGUGAUGACCCAACAGCUUAUGUCACCAAUUUGACAUACUACCACCUGGUCCCAUUUGAGACUGAUAUUCUGGACUGAGACUGUUCAAUGCCACAGUCAGCCAGCAUCCAGCCAACCUCUUCGUCCAUAAGCUCUGCUAUCUCCAGCAUUGCAUCUCAGUGAAUAAGGCUGUGCAGGCAAGACCAAAAGCUGAGAAGCUGCAGCAAGUACACCGCAAAGCUGGCUUUGUAGUCUGGCCUUCUGUUGUGUCUUGCAGAAAUGUCUUGUAAGGAGGUUACUGCUUCACUGUGAACAACAAACUCAUUUUCCAUGAAAGCAAGGCAGCAGAGGCCUCCUGGGACUUGAGGAAAUCUCUGCAAUGUCUGUGGUAACUGCAGCUCUGAUACAGCCACUAGAACUCGUGCUGCGGUGUGCUGUCACCCAUGCUUCUUGGCUUGCAGUGCAAGUUGAGGCUUCCUCUUUUAGGAUACCACCAGAAACUUCCCCAUAUGUCGUGCCCACACUUCUUAUGCUGUGUAAGCGAGAAGGCAAGCAAAACCAGCUGAAUUUUGUUGGCUCCCUCUGAAGUUGCUUAAUGAAUGCCUUGCAGGUCACUUUUUGCUCAGCUGCCGGAUGACUGGUGCCUUACACGAGAUGUCAGAAACACCACUGAGUGCCUCCAGGAUACAGAACAUGAGCUGACUGCUUUACUUCUUUUAAUCAUGGGUUUUUAUAUAGUCACUGAAGAGAUGACUAGUCUUUCCCUCUUUCCAUGAGUAGUAAAGCAGACAGCAGCUGGCAUUGCAAUGGACUACACACGAUGUUUAGGUACCUGAAUGACGUCAGAGAUCUGGAAAGCUGAUGGGAAAGCUGAGCUGCCCUGCUAAGGGUGGUCAAGGCUACAACAGGCACUUGGAUAUGAAUUUUGUCACGUGGACCAGAAAAUGUGAAUGGUGCUUACAGUUGUUUACAUCAGAGAGAUAGUUCCCUAUGCAUGUUUCUCCCCAGACGAUGGGGAGGAAGCCAAUGAGAUUUAUUGCGUGUUUGGACUGAAAAAGAAAAUAAGCUACAGUGUGCCUACAAUGGUAGGAAAAACACCCGCUCCCAGGCCAGCCUGACUCCAAGAGUCUUUCUGGCCUUCUGAGAUAUGCCUGCAGGGCCGGGUGCAGGAUUUGUUGUCACGUGAAUGCAUUGGUGACAGUAGGAGCAUGAGCAGGAUUGGAACCUGCAGCCUCUUGACUACUGAGUAGUGCAAGGUUAAAAUCUCUUUGGGGUCUCUCUCUUGCGGAGCGCUACGAACUCCCAGCUCUCAUGGUGAGAGCUCAGCACUCACUGUUGUGACCUGUCAUUGGGCUUUUUGUGAUCUAAUUGCAAACAUGAAAUUGAAGGGAUUGAAACGUGAAAGAGGACAUUUUGAACGUGUUUCCUUGUAGUGGGGCUUACGUUGUCCUGAAGAAGUUGGUACAACUCCCUUCCUUUGCAGACUUCUCAUUUCUACCUUUAGAAUAACAGUCAAACAGCAUUUGCUAAUGUAAAUAAUAAAUUAUUUAGAAUCCUAAUUCUUUUACACAGUAUGUUUUUAAAAUAUAUUUUAAAUGAAAUAAAAUAUAACUCACCUUCAGUACACUUCCUGCAGCUUAAGAUGGUGGCUUCUUUCUUCUUCUUUUUCCAUCUCUGAAGGCUCUUUCACAGUCCUGCCAAAUCCUCCUUCUGUUUCCAAUUGUUUUGAAAAAAUGCUGAGUUUACACAACUUCUCCUGUGCUGCAGGUGUUGCCUAUACUGCCGAUACGUUACGUACUCAUGUGAAACCUCUUAGCCUCACUGUUGAUCUUGUGUAUAGGUGUAUGUGGCUUAAUAUCACUAAGUUCAGCGGAGGAAUUCUGCCCUUUUACAACCUUAAGUGAAAACAAGUCUGGCACGUACACUCUUUGAAGAUCGUGAAGAACUUCGUGCAUUAAACUUCUGAAAUAGAAGGGGAUAUGUCCAUACUUGUGCAAGGCUUUCUGAGCAGACUCUUCCGUUUCAAAUGCGGUGGUGUUUUUUUGUUUGUUUGUUUCUUUGUCUUUAAUUUUGUUAGUUAUAAUUCUUCUCCAAUUCUUUAGUGAUUUAAGUUAGCCGUGGUGGGGUAGUAUCUAGUAAAUAAAUGUGUUGGAUUGAGAGUUCAAA